AUGGUAUUUUAUCAGAAGAACUGGGAAGAUACCAUUGCCAGACGGAAGUCUCAGAUGGAAGAGGUGCAGGAUGAGCUCAUCCACAGGCUGACCAUUGGGCGCAGCGCUGCACAGAAGAAGUUCCAGGUGCCACGGCAGAACGUGCCAGUCAUUAACAUCACAUAUGAUUCCACACCAGAGGAAGUGAAGACAUGGCUGCAGUCGAAGGGGUUCAACCCUGUGACGGUCAAUAGUCUUGGAGUGUUAAAUGGUGCACAGCUUUUCUCUCUCAACAAAGAUGAACUGAGGACGGUGUGCCCAGAAGGGGCCAGAGUGUUCAGCCAGAUCACCGUGCAGAAGGCUGCCCUGGAGGUAGGACUCAGCACCCGCGGUGGGGGCUCCCACAUAGCCGAGAGCAGGGACUGCAGAGUAAAAACUCUGCAAACAGUUGUUUUGUCUGCUCUGGCCUAUGUCUUUUUCUUCCAGAGCUGA